GUGGAGCGGUCAAAUAGAAGAAUCGAUAAUUAUCUAGAAGGACCGAAAACCUCAUGUCCUCAUCACCAGAAAAUAUCUUGAUCUUAAAAAGAAAAAUGAAAAUAUCCGACCAGAAUGUUCCCGCAACUUCCAGAUCCCACUUUUUUCUUUCUGGAACCCUGGAAUUGGAUCCUAAAAUUUCCCAAUUACCCGUAUAUAUUUCUCUUCUGCCUCAAUGCGUAAUCAACCCGUCAACUGCAAAAUCCCCCAGCAUUAUUUCCAUCACAAAGAGUUAAUCAAGAAUCUAUCAAGAAAUUUCCUGUCUAUUCCAUCAAAAUCCGAAUAAUGGACUUCCCUUUUGCCCAAAAUCCAUUCGAUGCGUCGUUUCGCCCCCGCUAUGAGAGAAGCUUUAGAGGGAUCCCGGUUCAGGUAAUGCCCGAGGCGUCGCAGCCUCAGUCUCUUAAACCCAAGAUUGUAUCCAUCCCCGUCCAAUUCGUCGGUUCGGAGCGAGGCAGAUCCGACUCGGCAAUCAAGAUCCAGAAGGUGUUUCGAGGAUUUCUGGUAAGAAAAAACGUGAAGAAGAUCAUGGCAAUAAGGGAGCAAGUGAAUGACAUCGAGCGUAGUGUCUCCAAGACAGAGACUGUGGAAUUGAUUCGGAAUGACCCAAAGCAGAGAUUGAAAGUGAACGAGAAUCUGAUGAGCUUGCUUUUCAAAUUGGAUUCUGUUAAAGGAGUGGAUUCUUGUGUUAGGGAUUUCAGGAAAUCCGUUAUUAAAAAGGCGAUUGCGUUACAAGAGAUGGUUGACGCCAUUAUUUCUGGUAACCAGUUCGUGGAUUCCAGCAAAAAUGCGGAAGUAAUUGACCAAAAUCAAGGUAUUAUCGAUUCUUCAGAUAAAAGCAAUCAAAUUUUAGAGUGGGAAGCAACAGAGGAUGCUGAAUGUGUGGCUAAUUUGAGUGAAUCGGAAGGAAGUUUUACUGUUGCAGUCGGAGGUAAUGCGGAGAAGAUAUUGGAAAGCAGUGGGAAUGAGAGUCAAAGCAAUUGGUUAGGAGAUGAAGAAGGUGAAAAUAGAAGAGGGCAGUCUGAUAAUAAUAGGAAGGAGAUAUUAGAGAGGAUAAUGGAGGAGAAUGAGAAGAUGACGAGGAUGAUGGAGACAUUGUCCGAGAGAAACGAAAUGCAAACUCGGAUGCUGAGUGCCUUGACUCAAAGGGUGGAGCAGCUGGAGAAAGCAUUCUUGUGUGACAAAUUGAGGAGAAAGAAACGGAGAAGUGAUGAGAAAUCACAGGAUAUCAGGAAGUGCGGAGGGAAGAGAUAGGGGCUUCCUUUUCUUGGAAUUAAAAUUUAUGCAUGUUCUGUCCCGAAAGAUUGCUCUCUUUGUUCCAAAAAAUCAAGAACGAAACAUUGAAUACACACACUAGAAUAUCAUGUCUUAUAUCCAA